UGGGGUGUGCGGGCUGGAGAGGGUGGUGAUGAGUCGCGCGGCGGCGGGCUGCAUGCGGGAUAUCGGGGGAUGCAACAUGUUGUGCUUUGGGCCGAGCCCGUGGGGAGGUAGGGUGGCGUUGGUGUUGCAGCCAGGACGGGGUAGUCGCACCGAAACUCACCCCAAACCCAACCGGGCCGGGGGAGGAAGAGCCGAAUAGAGGAUGCGGUUUGCGCGGAGGCUGCUGCUUUAGGAGGACACGCGAGAGAGGCAGCCACUCGAGAUGGGCAGGACAGACAAAAAAGGUCCGUCACAGCAGCGCUCAGAGGGCACAACUUUUUAGUGUGUUUCGCUCGGCAUUUCCGGCGCUUUUUAGAGCAGGGGCUGCGCAUUUAGGCCGCUGCUGACCGACGACAGAGUUUGCUGGAUGCUUUUUAGCCCCGAGCAUGAGCACAGAAAGAAAGUCUAUGGGCAGCAAUCUGGUGGGCAAGUUCACUCAGAGCGUCCGCCGGAUUGUGCAAGAUGUCAAGGACGAGGGCACUGCCAGUGGCAUGUCGAAGGAGGAGGUGAUUGAGCUGAACGAGAGGCUGCGAAUGGUGCGCGUUCGGCUCGAAGACUCGUAUGAUACGGCCAAACGCUCGCUCACCACCCUGCACACCAAAUACACUGACUCGAAAUCGGUGCGAAACGUCUUCCACAGAUACACCCUUCUCAAAAUAAUGAUCAAGGAUGUGAUUCGAUUGGAGACGCAGUACUGGACGCUGGUGGACAUCCCGAAGCAAGAGAAGCAGGAAACGGUGCCCGCGUUUGUGCUGCGGGCCUGCUCAAUCAUGGAGAAGACUCAAAAGUCGGGCGAGAGCGUCAAGAGCUCGGCCCGCAUGGCCGAGGAAGAGGAAAAGCGCCGCGACAACAGAGAGAGACUCGAAGACAUGACGAUAGCGCAAAUCGAGGCGGAAAACACCCAACUGACCAAUGACCUCUACCGGCUGCUAAAAAAAUACUCUGGCCUCAGAAAUUUGAUCCGCGAGCUCAAAUCAGAAUAUCUGAAUAGCAAGAUGUACCCGAUUUUCAUACGUUACACAAUCCUGAAGGACAUGAUUAAAAUGGUGAUGCACGACCCAGACUUCAUGGAGGUGUGCCACGAGGCCGACUGAUAAAGGGCCCCCGUUGGAGCCUUGAAGACAAGCGCUGCCCACGCCCCUGAGUUGAUUUAGCCACCGCGUAGACGAGAAAAACAUCAACCAAAUCUUUUUCCACACUCGAAACAGAAUCGAUAAAAGCUGCCAGAAAUGUACAAAUUUCGAUUGGCGCUACUAAGGAUAUGCAUGAAUGUGUUAGCUGAGUUUACAUUUUAAAGGAUGCCGCCAAAACGCGCAAUUUAACACACACACAAGAUGAGUGAAUCGCAUAGGGUAGAUGAAUUAUUAAAUUGGUUUCGUCUUGCCAGCCCCGCUAGCAGAGACAAUUGUCUGUUUGGUUCACUCGAAGGCGAAAAAUAUUUUCCUUUAGAAUCUCAAUAGCCAGAUACAAAUUCUGUAUACUUGUAGUAUUUGAAUUUAUCACACUCCUGUCCCGUAAAGAUUUUUAAUAAAAUCCGCUGUAGCACACCCUGCCCUGCGCAAACGAUGAAGUUUCUCAGAACGCUUUGAAUGUGUAAAAUAUGUCUAAAACCACUAACCGAAGCAAAGUAGCCAAAGUAAUACCAGCGACACAAAUUGUGUUCUCGCGCGCAGCUGUGUUGAGACGAUGAACAAACAGUUCAGUGUGUCAUAAUUGUGUCUUCAGUGUGGAUUGUUCGAUUCGAUGUGCUUCAAAGCGAACUUCAAUGUGACACUCUUCUUCAAUGUGAUCACUGUUUUCUGUCAAAACAGUCGCGGUUCCGCUCUGCGCCCCGUAUAUUCCAUAUAAAUUAUGAUACUGCAGCCUCAUAAUUCAUUAUGUUUGCCCCCUUCGCGCCAAGAUGAACUUGGAUGAGAGAGAGCGCUUGUUCUUUUCAACUAACGCUUAUUAUACGGUGGCGAUCUCGCACAAAAAAUAGCCAAUUAUGAAAUGUGUACGGUGUCACCUUAUCUAUGCAUGAUUCGUUUCUCAAAUUUUCCACAGUCAAUGAAAAAUCUGCCGGAGUUUGAACUGAAAUUAUAGAAGAGUUAACGAAUAAGCGGAUUCGACAUUUUGGUUUUUGGUGGAAAUAAUAAUAAUAUCGAGUUAAAAAUUAUCGAUUUGACGAAGUUUGCGAGUUGAGGAGCUCCGAAUGUAAAAAUCCUUACCAGAUUAAAAAAGGGAAAUUAUUCUAAAUCGAAUUUUGCAGCCAGUUUGUGUUUCGACUAUUGUAAUUUGUAACUUUCCCUAAAUUUUACACUUUGGCUGAGAAAAUUGCAAAAAAUUGUGCAUGUAUGUUUUGAAAUAGUAUAUUUUCAAACCUUCUUGAGUUUCUGAACUGACCAGGUCUUGUAGCCUCCAUUUUGGUCAGUAGGAAACUAUUAAAAAAUAUUCAAACAUUUAGCAGAUGUUUAGAUUUACCUCUACAAGAACUUGCAACGUCCAGGACAAACAUACUCAAGUGAAAUUUUAAAAUAUAUGAGUCUGCAUCGAUGAAUUCACCAAUUAUUGCGAAAGCCCUUAGUGAAUACUUUCGAUUUUUUUGGCACUUCCGCUGCAAUUUCAAACUCAAUCUUACUACUGAGCAUUCAUAAACUAAAAUAAUUUCUUUUGACGUGCGUCAACCAGAAUACGGUUCAGCCAAUCACCGUAGAAACGUGAAAAACAAAUUUAAAAAAAAUAUUUGUUGACAUUUCUACGGCAAUAAGCUGACUGAUUUUUGUUUCAAACACCUAAAAAUAGAUCAUUCUAGGCGGAGAAUGCGCAAUAGCAGGAUGAUUGAGUCUCAAAUCGCAGCGGAAAUGCCUUAAAAUAGAAAGUAACCGCUGGCGCCAUCUAUUGGUGGCUUCAAACACUUCAGGGCUUUCACAACUGACGAAUUUGUUUAUAAACCAAAUUUCCCCUAAAUCGAAUUCUUAACUUUUUGUCACCAAAAACUAAAACGUCGAAUCCUCAAAAGUUUCCUUGUAAGAAAUAAAUAAAUAAAAUUUUCAACAAAUUUAAUUGAUAAUCGCUGGUGGUUAAACUAAUAGGAUGCGAAAAAACUAAAAAACGAUUUAUUCUGUGAAAGCCAUGCGAGUUUGAUUGAUUUAUUAGGUCUCCAUGGUGAAAUUCAAUACAGGCGAAAUCAAAAUUUGAAAAUAUGAAACAUCUGGCAGUUUUUUGACUUGGCUGCAAACUCACAGAGAAUUGCGAAACGCUGACAAAUCCCCGAGAAAAAAAAUAUAUCGGAGAGAUCAAAUCUGUCAUUAUUUAACACACGAUUCUGCUGAAAAUAAUAAUUAUACAAUAAUAAUUGAAUCACAUUAUUUUCCGAUUUUGUACUUUUCAACGCAGAUCAGGCGAUGGCCGACAGUGUGUGAAAAAAACAUUUCUUGUGACUGAUAUUGCGAAAAAGACACGACUUCCCAUAUCUUUGAUAAUACGAAUCUUAUUCACUUUCCUCUGAGCUUACACAAACUUUAAGUGCUGUUUUUGAUCUGUGAAAAACACACUAAAUUUCUCGCCGCGCUGAUUUUGCAAGAAACUAACUAGAUUUCCACGGCGGACGCUUCGCCCCGAUCUCGCAGGCCAAAAUGACCAAAGAGUUUUGUACACGCACACACACACAUAAACACACACAUACCCAAGGAAACUGUGACCAAACGUUUUCUACCCUCGAAAAGUCGCGAGGUGCGUGCAUUCCUAACUGUGUGAGGAGUGGCACAUUCACCCCCCGCCUAAGGGCCUUUUGACUUUUCACCAUACUAAACGAUAACAAUAAGUUGCAUAAAAAGACAAUUAGACGAGAAAGCAGUGUGUUUCAAUGUUAUAGUCGUUGUUGUUCCUGCGGUAAAACGAGGAGAAACCCCUGAUCGGAGUGAUUCAUUAAUUGCAAAAGAAAUCAAACCAAUAGGCCUAAAGAUUGAUUGAAAUAAAACGCUGUCUAAAAAUUUGAAAGCGAUAUUCCCCGCAAUGAUAAAAAAACCUGAGUGUUAUGAUCAAUGUUUGUAAUACUAUGAUAAGAGAAAGCUGAUGAGAAAUACACACACGCGCGACAGAUUUUGAUUUGCUGGCCAAAAAUAAAGUUUAUUUAGAGUUAAAA